UGCUUCAAUUGUUUCAUCUUCCCCGACCCCGAUGAUAGGAAGAAUUAGAAAGCACUUUUAAUAACAAAGCCCAAAUGGACCAAAUUCCCCAAGCCCUCUUGGUGUUCGUCGUCUGCAUGUCCAGCCCACUACUCGCAGAGGACGCUUAGACACUUCUUCGAACCUUUUGAAAGAAAUAUACGUAAGGCCAAGACGAAGAAGAAGAAGAAGAAGAAUAAGAAGAAGAAGAGAAGCAGAACGAAGAGAGAAGAAAAUACACGUAUAGUUAUAGAGGGAGGGAGGAGUUUCAGAGGGGUUCGAGGCUCGCAUGGCGCUCAUUUGCAUAGAGAGGGUCUCUCCUAGGGCAAAUUCGCGUGCAUAUAAUUGAGAACGGUUUGGCGCCCAAAACCCUAGGGGAGAGAAGGAGGGGGGACGGGGGGAGGCCGGGGCUGCGACAGGGUUGCCCUAGCUGCCAAUUUUGUGAGUCUUGUUCCAAUUCAGGAAUUUGGUAGAUUUUUAAACAGAUGGGAGGGAUGAACUUCUAGGAAAAAUUUAGGAAUGCAUGGAUGCUGUUCUGGUCCUGCUGUCUUAGUCAAUGCUGAGGUUGAUUCCAUGGGAGGAGUUGUUGACGGUGGAGUUGGUAUUGGUACGAAAACCUCUCCACGUAGAGUGGCUAUCGAGAAGGCUCAAGAAGAGCUUAGGCAGGAGUAUGAUGUUCGUGAAGAAAGGAGAAGAGAGCUGGAAUUUCUUGAGAAAGGAGGCAAUCCUUUGGACUUUAAAUUUGGGCAUGCUGCUUCUGUUAGUGUCCAAUCUACUUCACUCCCAGAACAUCCUGAACUUGUGACCAGUGAAGCGAAAGGUAGUUUUGCAUUGACAGCCUCUCCUCAUGGAGACUCUGUCGAAAGUAGCGGUAGACCAGGGGCUCCUGCAGUUAAUGAACCCAAUACUGCUGACAAUCUCUUGCUUUUAGAUGGUGACAAUGAAUCGCUUGAAGGUGAAAGGAACUCUCUACAUCCUAGUAGGAGUAAUGUUGCUCCUUCUGAGCAGUCUUCCCAAAUGGAAGGGAGCCAAAAUGCCAAGGAAUCAGAAGACUCUGGCAUAAUUCGCCUGGUGAAAAAUCAAGCAUAUGCUCGAAGGAACAGGUCCAAGUCCAAUCGUGACGGUGCUAGAUCAAGUUCGGGUGGUCAUGGUUCUUCAUUAUCUGUUCGUCAUGGUUCAAGGGAUCCUAAAGGGUUGAGAUCUGAAAUAAACAACCAGAAGGACCAGAAUAUAGCUUCCACUUGUAACACAAAGUCCACAAGCCCAAACGGUGAUAUAGUUUUUAAAACUGUGACAUCUGAUAACCAGUUGGAUGUUGAGUUGGAUACUAGCCUAACGAAAGGUGAAUUGUUUGAAGGAAAGUUAAAUGUUGCAGCUUCCAAUAAUUUGCAGGAUAACCAUCAUAAUCUACAAUCAAAAGUUGAAGCUCAGCAGACUCCAAUUGAUUCUGCUUCUGCAGGACAUGAUCUGGGUGGAGGAAGGGAGCAGCCAGUUUCAGUUGGUCUCGAAUGCCAGCCUUCUGCAGCUACAGUGAGCACUGGGAAUGAGACCUGUUCUGGUCAACUAAAUUGGUUUAACAAUUUAAAAAGGGAUAGAAGAAGCAUACGGGAUGAAGGCAAACAUAGCAGUGCAGCAUUAAGCACAAAAGGGUUAGACUCAGAGUCCUCUUGUACCCAAACUUGUGUUAGCUUAGAUGGUAAUAAUGAUAGUGAUCUACGUACUAAUCCGAAGAAUGUUGAUUCUAAUGGAAAUCCUAAGGAACAAACUUUGGCAUUUGAAGGGGCACCAGAUUUAGAAGGCAAUGAAGCAGUAAAACAAAAGAAUGAGGCCAAGACCAUUGUUGAUGUUGACCAUAGUUCUGUUCAUCAGAAUCACAUUGGCAAUGGAUGUAUGGUCAAAGUUGAGGAUGAGGUAAAUGGCAGUAGACCUGACUCUGAAAAUGAUGCGAGGUAUCCAACCAAUAUCGAGGGAAUGAAAGUGAGUGAUCAUAAUGCAUCCAAAAAUGAUACAAUAUCGGGGAAUUUGUUGCAUGAUAGUGAUCAUUCCAAUUUGAAGAAUGAAAAUUCUUCCACUGAUAGGCCUCAGCCUGAGGGCUUUUCAAUGGCUGUGUCUUGCAAGUUGCCUCUAUCUGCGUCUGCCUCUGAGGUUCAAACAUCAUCUGAUAAUUGUUCAAAGAUGGCAAACAAGGCACACGAAGAUUCUAUUUUGGAAGAGGCCCGAAUCAUACAGGCCAAGCGCAAGAGAAUUGCUGAAUUAUCUGUUGGUGCCUUACCCUUGGAGAUUCGUCGAAAAUCUCACUGGGAUUUUGUCCUUGAAGAAAUGGCAUGGCUGGCAAAUGAUUUUGCACAGGAGCGUACCUGGAAGAUGACUGUUGCUGCUCAAAUGUGUCAUUCUGCCGCUUUUGCUUCACAGUUAAGAUUUGAGAAACAAGGUUUAUACUCGAAGCAAAGAAAGGUUGCUUACACCUUGGCAAAGGCUGUCAUGCAGUUCUGGCAUUCAGCAGAGUUGCUUCUUAAUAGUGAUGAUCCAAGUGAUAGUCCAGAAGAUGGCAAGUUUGAUGUGGUUGGAUUCGGGACUCUUGAUGGGAAUGAAGUUGCUAAGGAUGGCGUUGGUGUUCCAAAUAAGGUAUUGGGCUGGGCCUUUAUGGGAAUUGGUAGCAUCUCUGCUCUUUUGGAAAUGAACAAAGAUUUGGAGGGACAAUAUACUGGGAAAAACCUUGCACUUGCUGUUCAGAGAUACGCACUGAGAUUUUUGAAAGAUAACAGCUCCUCUGUCCCUACUGUUCGAGCAGAAGCACCAGUGACUCCUGAUAGAGUAACUGAUUUGGGUACUCUGGAAAUGUCAUGGGAGGAUCACUUUAUGGAAGAAAGCCUCUUUUAUAAAGUGCCCCUUGGUGCAAUGGAAGCCUACCGAAAAUCUAUUGAGUCUUAUGUGGUACAAUGUGAGAAAACUGGCAGUAGCGUGCAAGAGGAAGUUGAGACGUCUAUGUAUGAUGCUGGGGCAGAGUUUGGAACUCAAGAGCUUGCAUAUGAAGAGGAUGGGGAAACAAGCACUUACUAUUUGCCUGGAACUGUUGAAAGCAGCAGGCUGUCAAAAUUUGCACAGAAGAAACGGAAAAACUUAACAAAGUCAUACACAGCUAGGUCGUAUGAGUUAGGAGCUGAUACACCUUAUGGACAGUGUAUGGAAAAUAAAAUUGGGAAUCAACCAUCCAUUUUAUUAGCAAAAAGGCCUGCCAGUAGCCUUAAUGUUGGUUCUAUACCUACAAAACGAAUGCGCACUGCUUCCCGUCAAAGGGUUUUGAGUCCUUUUAGCACUGGAGUUCCUGGGGGUGUCCUGGCCCCAAGUAAGACAGAUGCUUCAAGUGGAGACACUAAUUCUCUGCAGGAUGACCAGAGUACCCUGCAUGGUGGAUCCCAGAUUCAGAAAAGUUUGGAGGUUGAAUCUGCCGUGGACUUUGAAAAGCAAGUACCAUUUGACUGUACCGAAAUAUCAAAACCUAAAAAGAAGAAGAAGGCCAAGCAUCUGUGUCCCACAUAUGAACAGAGAUGGCAGCUUGAUUCCAGUAUUCAACAUGACCAGAGGGAUAAUUCAAGAAAGAGAUUGGAGAGUCAUCAUUUUGAAUCUAAUGGAAGCAGUGGUCUGUUUGCGCAACAUUCUGUGAAGAAACCAAGGAUAAUAAAGCAGUCACUGGACAAUUCCUUUGACACUCCAAUGACAGGGUCUAUUCCGUCUCCUGUAGCUUCCCAAAUGAGUAACAUGUCCAAUCCAACUAAAUUUAUCAAAAUGAUUGGUGGCCGUGAUAGGGGCAAGAAAGCUAAAUUGCUGAAGAUUCCUGCAGGGCAGUCAGGGAUAGGAAGCCCAUGGACAGCGUUUGAAGACCAGGCACUUGUUGUCCUUGUGCAUGAUAUGGGUCCUAAUUGGGAGCUUGUUAGUGAUUGUAUCAACAAUACUCUGCAGAUUAAGUGCGUCUUCCGCAUGCCUAAAGAAUGCAAGGAACGUCACAAAAUCUUAAUGGAUAGGUCUGCUGAUGGGGUUGAUAGUGCCGAAGAUUCAGGGUCUUCUCAACCUUACCCGUCUACAUUACCGGGAAUUCCAAAGGGCAGUGCCAGACAGUUGUUUCAACGUUUGCAGGGGCCAAUGGAAGAGGAUACCCUUAAGGCUCAUUUUGAGAAAAUCAUUUCAAUUGUACAGCAGCAGCAUUAUCAGAAGAGUCAGAAUGAUAAACAGGAAUCAAAACAAAUAGCAACAGGAAUCCACAAUUCUCAUAUCGUUGCUCUUUCCCAAGUCUGCCCCAAUAACCUGAAUGGUGUUACUUUAACGCCUCUUGAUCUCAUUGAUGCGGCCACAUCAAAUCCUGAUGUUCUCUCCCUUGGGUACCAAGGCUCGCACACUAGUGGUUUACCAAUUUCAAAUCAAGGUUCUGUAGCAUCAAUACUUCCUGCUUCUGGUGCAAAUUCCUCGCUACAGGGAUCUUCUGGUAUGAUCCUUGGCAGUAACUUGUCAUCUCCAUCUGCUCCACUGAAUGGCUCUGUUAGGGAUGGUAGAUAUGGUGUCCCAAGAGCAUCAUCAUUGCCAGUUGAAGAGCAGCAAAGAAUGCAACAGUAUAACCAUAUGUUAUCUGGUCGAAACAUUCAACAAGCCAGCUUGUCUGUUCCUGGGACUGACCGUGGUGUUCGCAUGCUGCCUGGUGGAAAUAGUAUGGGCAUGAUGUGCGGGCCAAACAGAAGCAUGCCAAUGCCAAGACCAGGGUUACCAGGAAUUGCCUCCUCAUCUAUGCUGAAUUCUGGAAGUAUGCUCUCCUCCAGCAUGAUGGGGAUGCCAAGCCCUGUGAAUAUUCACUCUGGAGCUAGUUCUGCUCAAGGGAAUUCAUUAUUGAGACCUCGUGAGGCUCUACAUAUGAUGCGGCCUGGUCAGAAUACGGAGCAUCAAAGGCAAAUGAUGGUGCCAGAGAUUCAGAUGCAGGUCACUCAAGGGAACAACCAAGGAGUUCCUCCUUUCAGCGGGUUGAGUUCUGCUUUCUCAAAUCAGACAAUCCCCUCACCUGUUCAAACUUAUGCAGUCCAUCCCCCUCAGCAACAUCAAAUGUCCCCACAGCAGUCCCAUGUGCUUGGCAACCCUCAUCACCCCCACCUUCAAGGCCCUAAUCAUACUGCAAGCACACAGCAGCAAGCCUAUGCAAUUCGCCUCGCUAAAGAAAGGCAGCUGCAGCAGAGGAUAUUUCAGCAGCAGCAGCAACAACAACAACAACAGUUCGCUGCAUCUAACACUUUGAUGCCACAUGUCCAAUCACAGGCCCAGAUUGCCCCCAUAUCAUCUUCUUUGCAGAAUAGUUCCCCAAUUCAACCACAGACUUCUCAGUCAGUAUCCCUGCCGCCUCUGACAUCUUCUUCUCCAAUGACCCCAAUAUCUUCCCAACAUCAACAGAAACACCAUCUUCCUCCGCAUGGCAUUGGUCGGAGUUCUCAAACUGGUGCUGGUGUGUUGGCCAGCCAGAUGGGGAAGCAACGACAACGACAGCUACAACAGCAGCAGCAAUUUCCACAGGCUGGUAGGCACCACCCUCAACAACGCCCUUCGUCGCAGUCUCAACAGCAGGCUAAACUUCUGAAGGGAAUAGGAAGAGGGAACAUGUUAAUGCAUCAGAAUCUCCCCAUGGAUUCCUCUCAUUUGAAUGGCCUUACUCCACCCACAAGCAGCCAAGCUGCAGACAAAGGUGAGCAGGUCAUGCAAUUGAUGCAAGGUCAAGGCUUGUAUUCUGGAUCAGGUCUCAACGCUGCCCAAGCAGCUAAACCAUUAGUUGCUCCAAAGCCCCAACCACCACAACAACCACAAAAGCUUUUUCUGGUGGUGACUCUUUGUCAAACAUCCCGAACCACAACACCACCAUACUUUCUGAUAAUAGCAGUCAAGGCCAGGUUCCACCAGUUCCUCCUAGUCUGCCAAUUGUCCGACUCCCAUCAUGCUGCUCCCCUCAUCAUGCUUCCUCACGCAGCACACUGCAGCUAAACGGCACCGCCCACCACGCAGGUUAGUCAAAGUCAACCAACUUCUCAGAGAAUGGUUCCGCAGAAUCGUCAAGUGAAUUCUGACCUGCCGAGCAAGUCUCAAACUGACCAAGCUCAUGCUGAUCUGUCUCCAAUAGGCAGCACUAUGAUGCCCCAGGCUUGUGUUGAUUCAACUAGUGUUGUUCCUGUUUCUUCUGCCGGUGCUCAUUGGAAAACAACAGAACCUUUAUUAGAGGCUAGUUUGGCAAAUUCAGCUACACAAUUGGGUUCCAUCAGCAGCCCACCUCUAACAAAUUCCUCUGGGAGUGAGCCAAUUACACAGGUCACCCAUGUUUGGGCCAAGGCAGUCAUAGCAUUUGAUCUCCUCAUGGACAUGUCGUGGAAUCAACAGUGGCACAAGCCUCAGCCCGCCGCACGCACCACAACAUCCUUCACCGCCCCCACCUCCACAGCAGCAACAGCAACAAGAACAACUGAAACAGCAGAAAUCACCUCAACAGUUGGCACCACAACAGCACUCUCAGCAGCAGACGCAUCUGCAAGGAGGUCAAAGCAGCAUGUAUAUCAGAUCCACAAACUCCAGACUGGAAUGAAGCACCCCAAUGGUUGAGCAGUUCCAGGAGGGUGUUGGUCCUGCCACAGCUGGGUCCGCAUGCCCUUGUAACAGCACUGUACAGAUGAAGCUGGCCAUUCCAUGAGGGAAUCACACGAGGGAUGGGAGGGUGGCGGUUACUGUUGUUAUUUUGAGGUAGGGCUGAUGUUGUCAGGGCAUAUAUUUUUUGUUUUUGUUUUUCUUGUUCUAGGAUAUUGUAAUGUACAUUACCACUGGUCUAGUAGGGCUUCAGCGGAGGAAGAUGGGGACAAUUAUAGAGGCGUUUGUACAGGGGGGUCUCUCGUCUUUCUUUCCUUCAUUUACUUUUAUUUUUUUUAAUUUUUUUUUUUUGAAUUUCAUUUUUAAUUUUGCCUGCUUCCCCAGCACGUUUUUGGAGGGAGGAGGGGGAGGGGGAGGGGGAGGGGGAGGGGGCCUUCAUUCCCUUUUUAGAUUAGUGCAUGUACUAUUAUUGUUAUGACCCUUUGGAAUGAAGGGAUGUAGCUGUCAAUUGUUAAUGGGCGAAAAAGCCUCAUGGGGAAUUUUUGUGAAUAUAGGCAGUGCCAGAGAAGUUCGGCGGGGGGGAAUUCCUCUGUAUACACACCAAAAUAACAAUUAACAACCCCCCAUCUAUUGUUAAUGCUUCCCUCUCUUUUGGCCUGCCAUUGUCGCGCCUGCCCUGUAAAUUGAAUUUUAUUUUUUUUUU